AUGCUCUGUCUCUUUUUCUCUGCUUACAUUAUGACAGGAUACAGGGAUGAUAUUAAGCACACUCUUCCCUCUUCUAUGCUAUGUCUCUUUUUCUCUGCUUACAUAAUGAGAGGAUACAUGGAUGAUAUUAAGCACACUCUUCCCUCUUCUAUGCUAUGUCUCUUUUUCUCUGCUUACAUUAUGACAGGAUACAGGGAUGAUAUUAAGCACACUCUUCCCUCUUCUAUGCUAUGUCUCUUUUUCUCUGUUUACAUAAUGACAGGAUACAGGGAUGAUAUUAAGCACACUCUUCCCUCUUCUAUGCUAUGUCUCUUUUUCUCUGCUUACAUAAUGAGAGGAUACAUGGAUGAUAUUAAGCACACUCUUCCCUCUUCUAUGCUCUGUCUCUUUUUCUCUGCUUACAUUAUGACAGGAUACAGGGAUGAUAUUAAGCACACUCUUCCCUCUUCUAUGCUCUGUCUCUUUUCUCUGCUUACAUUAUGA